CUUCUUCAAAAAUUUCUACAAAAAAUGUCAUUAACUUGGAAAACCAAGGAGAAAAUGAUCAUGAUGGGCUUCGUCUUCGUGAACUCAAUGGUGCUGUACCCUAACUUUAAGAGAAAGUACCAAGAACUGUUCAAAACUAAAGCAAAAGUCACCCAUACAGCUUUUUUUGAUAUAGAAAUUGAAGGAGAGGAUGAAGGCAGGAUUGUCAUUGAUCUUUAUGGCGAGGAAGCACCCAAAACUGUUAAUAACUUCCUUGGACUCUGAAUGGCCGCUCAUGAUCAGAGACACUCGUAUUGGAACAGCAAGUUUCAUAAAAUAGUCCCUGAUUAUAUCAUACAAGGAGGCGAUAUUAUUAAUGAAAAUGGUGAAGGCUCCUGAAGUGUCUAUGAUGAAGACACGUUUGAUAUGGAAAUAAAUAAGCUUAAGUUUAAAGAACCUUACCUGCUAGCAGCAGCUAAGAGAGCAGAUGGAAAAAUAGGCAGCCAGUUCUUUAUCACAAACGAUACUCUUCCCUUCUUAAAUGGAAAAUAUUGCAUAUUCGGUAAAGUUAGUGAUAAUAAUGAACUAUGCGAUCUCAUUUCAGCUUGUGGGUCUCCAGAAGGGAUUCCAGAGAAAGAUGUGAGGAUCAAAAGGUCAGGAAUUUAUAAAGCCGCUCCAAAGAAGAACAAAUCUGCUGCAGAACUAACAGAUUUUAAAGCAGAUAUUUCGAAAAGGAAUUAACUCUAAAAGUAUC